GGGUCUCGAGGAACCGGAAGUGCUGGGGCUGCUGCCGCCGCCUUUUAGUACCGUGUCCGCCGCCCCUAAGUGUCGCGUCCUCCGCUUUUAAGUGCCGCGUCCGCCGUCUGGGUUGCAACCGGCGCCGCCGCCGAGGAAGCUGCUGUAGCCCGGCCCGGAGUGGAGGCGGCGCGGCAUGAAGCGGCGCAGGCCCGCUCCGUAGCGCGCGCGCGCGUCAGGACGGUCCGGGCGGGGCCGGGGGGGAAGGUGCAGUAUCCGCCCCCUUCUCCUUCCCCUUCGCCCGCGAGGCCUGGGCCUCUGCCCACGGGCCCUGUCCGCCUCGCCGAGGAGCCGCCCGCGCGGGGUUGAGCCGGUGGCGGGGCCCCAUUUGCCGGAAGAGGAAGCCGAGACUCAGAUUCCGAGUCAGCCAACGUUCACCAGGCGCUCCUGAGCGCUGGGUGCUGCCCUCCGGACUUCCACGUCCGUUAUCUUAAUUGAGCCUCUCUGGGUUUGGGAGGCCGGGUACUGUCUGUGCUCACAGAUAAGGAAACGGAAGCUCACAGAGGCGAAGGGAUUUGCCUAAAGUCCGACCGUGGCAGAUGGGCUUGGGACUCAGAUUUUCUGGUUUCCCAGCUGGUGUUCUUUUUUCCCUACUGCUUCACUCUAGGUCGGUUUUUGUUCCAACCACCCGCUUCAGGAUACUGUCCUGUCCAACUUCCUCACACUUUUUCUUAACACUUUUUAUCCUUCCAGCCCAUCUUCUCAGCAUCUGUACUUCUCAUUUUCCUAUUCGUUGUUUUCAAGAUUUUGGCCCCUUCUGUAAUUAUGAUUUUUUCGAGUAGCCGUGGACCCUGAAGAGUGAAAUAUCUAGGCUUCGAAAAAUGCAACAUGGCAGCAGCAAUGGAAACAGAACAGCUGGGUGUUGAGAUAUUUGAGACUGCAGAGUGUGAGGAGAAUAUUGAAUCACAGGAUCAGCCUAAACUGGAGCCGUUUUAUGUUGAGCGAUAUUCCUGGAGUCAGCUUAAAAAGCUGCUUGCUGAUACCAGAAAAUAUCAUGGCUACAUGAUGGCUAAGGCACCACAUGAUUUUAUGUUUGUGAAGAGGAAUGAUCCAGAUGGGCCUCAUUCAGAUAGGAUCUAUUAUCUUGCCAUGUCUGGUGAAAACAGAGAAAAUACACUAUUUUAUUCUGAAAUUCCUAAAACUAUCAACAGAGCAGCAGUCUUAAUGUUGUCUUGGAAGCCUCUUUUGGAUCUUUUUCAGGUAUCGCCAAGUUGCCUGUGCUGGUCUCGAACUUGUGAUCUUCCUGCCUCAGCCUCCCAAGCAACACUGGACUAUGGAAUGUAUUCUCGAGAAGAAGAACUAUUAAGAGAAAGAAAACGCAUUGGAACAGUUGGAAUUGCUUCUUAUGAUUAUCACCAAGGAAGUGGAACAUUUCUGUUUCAAGCUGGUAGUGGAAUUUAUCAUGUAAAAGAUGGAGGGCCACAAGGAUUUACCCAACAACCUUUACGGCCCAAUUUAGUGGAAACUAGUUGUCCCAACAUACGGAUGGAUCCAAAAUUAUGCCCAGCUGAUCCAGACUGGAUUGCUUUUAUACAUAGCAAUGAUAUUUGGAUAUCUAACAUUGUAACUAGAGAAGAAAGGAGGCUCACCUAUGUUCACAAUGAGUUAGCUAACAUGGAAGAGGAUCCCAGAUCAGCUGGAGUUGCUACCUUUGUUCUUCAAGAAGAAUUUGAUAGAUAUUCUGGCUAUUGGUGGUGUCCAGAAGCUGAAACAACUCCUAAUGGCGGUAAAAUUCUUAGAAUUCUAUAUGAAGAAAAUGAUGAAUCAGAAGUGGAAAUUAUUCAUGUUACAUCCCCUUUGUUGGAAACAAGGAGAGCAGAUUCAUUUCGUUAUCCUAAAACAGGCACAGCAAAUCCAAAAGUCACUUUUAAGAUGUCGGAAAUAAUGGUUGAUGCUGAAGGAAGGAUUACAGAUGUCAUAGAUAAAGAACUAAUUCAACCUUUUGAGAUUCUCUUUGAAGGAGUUGAAUAUAUUGCCAGAGCUGGAUGGACUCCUGAGGGAAAAUAUGCUUGGUCCAUCCUACUAGAUCGUUCGCAAACUCGUCUACAGAUAGUAUUGAUCUCGCCUGAAUUAUUUAUCCCAGUAGAAGAUGAUGCUAUGGAGAGACAGAGACUCAUCGAGUCAGUGCCUGAUUCUGUGACACCACUCAUUAUCUAUGAAGAAACAACAGACAUCUGGAUAAACAUCCACGACAUCUUUCAUGUUUUUCCCCAAACUCACGAAGAUGAAAUUGAGUUUAUUUUUGCCUCUGAAUGUAAAACUGGUUUCCGUCAUUUAUAUAAAAUCACAUCCAUUUUAAAGGAGAGCAAAUAUAAGCGAUCCAGUGGUGGGCUGCCUGCCCCAAGUGAUUUCAAAUGUCCUAUUAAAGAAGAAAUAGCAAUUACCAGUGGUGAAUGGGAAGUUCUUGGCCGGCAUGGAUCUAAUAUCCAGGUUGAUGAAGUCAGAAGACUGGUAUAUUUUGAAGGCACCAAAGACACUCCUUUAGAACAUCACCUGUAUGUGGUCAGUUAUGUAAAUCCUGGAGAGGUGACAAGGUUGACUGACCGUGGCUAUUCCCAUUCUUGCUGCAUCAGCCAGCAUUGUGACUUCUUUAUAAGUAAGUAUAGUAACCAGAAGAAUCCACACUGUGUGUCCCUUUACAAACUUUCAAGUCCUGAAGAUGACCCUACUUGCAAAACAAAGGAAUUCUGGGCCACCAUUUUGGAUUCAGCAGAAAUUUUCUCCUUUGAAAGUACUACUGGAUUUACAUUGUAUGGAAUGCUAUAUAAGCCUCAUAAUCUACAACCUGGGAAGAAAUACCCAACUGUGCUGUUCAUAUAUGGUGGUCCUCAGGUGCAGUUGGUAAAUAAUCGCUUUAAAGGAGUCAAGUAUUUCCGAUUGAAUACCCUCGCUUCUCUGGGUUAUGUGGUUGUGGUGAUCGACAACAGAGGAUCCUGUCACCGAGGGCUUAAAUUUGAAGGUGCCUUUAAAUAUAAAAUGGGUCAAAUAGAAAUUGAUGAUCAAGUAGAAGGACUCCAGUAUCUAGCCUCUCAAUAUGAUUUCAUUGACUUAGACCGUGUGGGCAUCCAUGGGUGGUCUUAUGGAGGAUACCUCUCCCUGAUGGCAUUAAUGCAGAGAUCAGAUAUCUUCAGGGUUGCUAUUGCGGGAGCCCCAGUCACUCUGUGGAUCUUCUACGAUACAGGGUACACGGAACGUUAUAUGGGUCACCCUGACCAGAAUGAACAGGGCUAUUACUUAGGAUCUGUGGCCAUGCAAGCAGAAAAAUUCCCCUCUGAACCAAAUCGUUUACUACUCUUACAUGGGUUCUUGGAUGAGAAUGUCCAUUUUGCACACACCAGUAUAUUACUGAGUUUUUUAGUGAGGGCUGGAAAACCAUAUGAUUUACAGAUCUAUCCUCAGGAGAGACACAGCAUAAGAGUUCCUGAAUCUGGAGAACAUUAUGAACUACAUCUUUUGCACUAUCUUCAAGAAAACCUUGGAUCACAUAUUGCUGCUCUGAAAGUGAUAUAAUUUUGACCUGUGUAGAAUACUGGUAUACACUGGCUAUUUAACCAAAUGAGGUUUAAUCAAUAAGAGAACACAGAAUUGAUCAUCACAUUUUAUACCUGCCACAUAACAUCUACUUCUCAAAGUAAAUUUGGUGCCAUGUAGGCAUCUACAGCUGUGGAUAGYAAUCUAAUACCUUAACUGUACACACACAAAAUUGAAUGAUUCAUAUGUCUAAGGGAUCCAGCAAUACCAUGAGAAAUACUGAAAGAAAUAAGACAGUAGCACCACAUAUCCAUAUUACCCUAUUUUYACUUUUAAUAGCAUUAUAAACCUCAUGGACUUAAUUAGUGUAUUUUUACAAUAUACUUCUGAGUUUAUUAAAAUAUGAUGACAUUAGUGAUCAGUUUGGUUCAAUUCCAGAAUCUCUGACUAGUUAYGGAUUUGAUAGCACUUAAAUGUAAUUGAAUAGCUAUGCUUCAUUGCUUGAGGUGUAUCCAGCAUGUUAUGAACUAAUCACUAUUAAACCUAUGACUUAACCAGUCAUUAAUGAUUUUUUUAAGAUAACUUAGUGGCCUACUAAAGAUACUUAUUUUGGCUUCUGACCAGUUUUUAGCCAAUUUAAACUGUAUCUAGUAUAAAUGAUUCUCUUUUUUCUUCAAUGAGAUGACAAAGUACGUUUUUCCUUUCACAUAAAGGCAAAUAACUGUAUAUAUAGCAUGGAUUUAAUUAGUCUUAUGAUGUUGAUAAUUAUAGACAGAAAAAUUUUAAUCAGAUGAUUAGAGCUUAAAUAUUUGCAGGCAAGAUUUUUUUUUCUCCUUCCUUUAGGAAAAGAAAAAAGUGCACAUUCCCUUGCAGUCAGAAAAUUUGGUGGUGCCAGUUUCCUUGUGAUAUUUCCCUAUUAAAAUGUUCCAGGGGGCUUGGGUUGUGGCUCAGUGGCAGAGCACUUGCCUAGCACAAGUGAGGCACUGGGUUCAAUCCUCAGCAUCACUUACAAAAAAUAAGCAAAUAAAAUAAAGGCAUGCUAUCCAUCUACAAUUUAAAAAAAUAUGUUCCAGAAUUUAGGGAGGUGGAAGGAAUCACGUGGUGUAGGGAAAGCCAGGGAAUGGAGAAUGACAGGGAGAGGAGGUGGCAAGGGUCUACUUAAGAACUAAGCACAAGUAGGUUAAACAGAAAUUGGAAAGUGAAAUUUAAACUACUAGAAUAUUAGGAAACCAGAAUUAAGAAAUCACUCUGUUGUCAACACAGCUUCAGACUAACAUCAUUCAGGGGAGGAAAACUUCCUUAGAGUUAUUUUUAUAUUCCAGGGUUUUUUGUUGUUUUGUUAUUUUUCCUCUUAAUUUUAGAAUUCUUUCAGAUUAAACUUUACCUUUAAAUUAUUGAACAUAAUUUAGGUAUUGUGAGCUUAAAAUAAAAAGGUUUCCAAACAACCCCUUUACCAUAAACAAACUCCUGCAAGCCAUAGCAUUUUGUUUCAGAGUUUAAGGCCUAUGAAUAGUUUUUUUGUUUUUUUUUUUAAAGGCCAUGACAUUUUGUGGGUUUAGCCUUCACACUUGACUGAAGGGAGCUCAUAGACUUUUAAGUACUGGUUGAGAUCUGUCCUCAUAAGGUUUUCGGGUACUGUGGGACCCAUUGAAACCAGAGGCAGGAAGGGCAUCUAUGAGUUUGACCCUUUUUAUCACAAGCUUCAGUAUUUAAAAAGUUAUUACUAGUACUUUUAAAUCACUCCAAGAAAAAUUUAUCUAUUUCUUUCUCACCACUACAGAUAGUAUACAUUAAUUCUACAGGGGGUACAUAAUAUACAUUAAUUCUACAGGGGGUACAGCCUGCCUUAGUGAGGACCAUGGCUGUGCACCAAAGGUGGACUUGAUUGAGGGCCAGGUGAGAGGCAGAGGAGACGCUGAAAUGGCAGGGUGACCUGGUGGUUCUGACCUUGGAGAAGGGGGAUUGGGUUUUGCUGGUUGUGUAUUUAUUCUGUAUAAUAGAUUUCAUACUUUUCUUUAUUAUCUGUGUCUGUAUUGAUUUUAAUGUUUAUAAUGUUUUCUCAUGCCAAGAUUUGUUAAUAUUUUUUCAGUGUUAAAUUAAAUUGAUUUGGGUAACUUUUAUUCCCCAAGAAAGUAUUUUCCCUCAUGACUUAAGUAUAUAUCUGACUGUUGGAAGAUGGUAUUUUUUGGACUAGUUGACCUCUGAGGAUCUAUCCUUAUAUGCAAAGUAGAAAUGGCAUAAAAUAGCUUUUUAGAAAGCUACUCAUUUGAAACCUCUUUCCCAUUAAGAGAUGCUAUAUUGAAGAAACAACUUUAUUUUACCAAAACAAACAAACCUUAUAAAACCUCAUAUGUUCUUGAAUUCACAGGUGUUUUCCUUUUCCAUUUUGCCUUUUUUCCUCUUAUCACCAGGAAUGUUCCUUUUAUAGCUCCCAGUUACUUAAAUGCCAUUCUGCUUCUCUAGGGGGAGAAAAUACCUGGCUGAAUUUGUUUUUACAACCUGUAUAGAAAACAUAGUAAAUUUCUCUUACCCUGACUAUGGGUAACAAUAGUUAUAGAAUAUAAGUAACAAAAAAGUAGUUUUGUAAGAGCUUAAAAGCAUCAGGUUAAACACCAACGUAGGUUUUUGUAGGCUUGAUAAAUGAAUAGCAAUCACCUAAUGCAGUUGCUUGAACUUUGCAGAACAUUAUAACUCAAAAUCAAAGAUUCAUGUGGGGUGCUUACUGAAAGAAAUGCAUUCUUGAGCCUGACUCCUAAGAAAUUUGUAUUCCAUUGAUUUGGGUGGAGAUCAGGAAUGUGCAUUUCUAGCAAGCUUUCUAGGUGAUGCUAAAUCAAAUCACUCUGGACUAUUUUAAGAGUGGGAUUGGAUUGAGAAAAUUAUAGGGAAUUUUUAUACUGGACUGACUCAUAAGAACUUAAAACAAUAAUCAGGAAAGCUGCUCAUGUGUGAUAACUGUUGGUUCCUUUUCAUUCUGAAAACAGAAGAAAUUAACUUUGUAUCCCUUUUGUCUAGAGGUUCAUUUUGGAAUGAAGGUUUUUCCCUCAAUGCCAUUCAUUCCUGGCUCUUUUUCAAAGGCUCACACAAGAAUAUAACAUCACAAUACAUGCAUUACCUUUUAAAAUAAUGAAAUAUAGAUAAUGAUGCUUGCUCUUUUUUUUCCUACUUGUUUUAUUCCUUACAGAAGGUGUAUCCCACCUUUCUACAACACGAUUCUCUCUAGGUGGAAUGAUUCCAGUAAGAUUUCAUUAUUAUAGAAUCAUAAGUUUUCAAGAUGGAGUAAAUCUUGGAUUAACUUAUUAUUCUCAUUCGUUAGAGGAGGAACCUACAUACUACAGAGAGGAAGCCACACAGACAGUUAGUAUUUGGUUGGUACUAAAUUCCAUCUAGAUAUCCUGCCUCAUGGUAGUUAAAUGAUAUAUAGAAAAGGCAGAUUUUUAAAGAUGUAUUUAUUAAUAUGUUCCUAUAAAACAUUUUAAAAGUAAACCACAUAAAAUGGUUAAAUUUUCCAUUCUAAAGUAAAUGCUAAGCAUGCUUAUUAAUGAAGCAAUACUUCUGAUUAGUAGUUGAGAUUCUGAAGUUAAUUAAACUUAUUACACUAAAUGUGUUUUCCUUGGUGUAGUAGGGGGUUUGGUGAUUGGGAUAUAGAGUAGACCCCUUGCUUAAGCCCAAAAGCCCACCUUAUAGCAAUUUGAUAAAAAGAGACAUGGCUGUAAAUUAAGAUAUGUAAUGUGAGUGUCCUUUCCCUGCAGAUAUGAAGGAAUAAGGAAAUAUCCCUUACCCCAGCCUUCCCAACCCUACCUAUACACUUUCCAGCCAAAAAUAUUGACUCAGAUGUCUUAGUACAAGGUGCUGGGCUCUAGGAAAUUGUUUUAAAAGUCCCUCACAGACAAAAAGUCAUAUUUGUAUGUACUUAUGUUUUUACAUAACCCAAAUACAAAUUUAUGUUAUAUUCAGCAACAUUGGAGUUCAGUUCUUUAUAGAGUAUAAAGUGCCUGCUGUUUUAAGCACUGACUUGUAUGAAAUGAAUUGCAUGUCUCAUUCCAGUAAGUUUAUGGGUUUUUUUCAUUUUCAGCUACAUGGCUUUUAAUUAUGUAAAGUGAAAUAUUAGUUUUGUUGCAUUUUAUUACAGGUUCUUGGUUGCAAUAAAGAUGCUG